AUCCCACCCCCUUGGCGACGACGAGAUGGCGGCCAGCUUCCGCCGCCGCCUCCGCCCGACGUCGGCGCCGCCGCUGGACGGCGACGACCUGCUCGACGAGAUCCUCCUCCGCCUCUCCCCAGAUCCGUCCUCCCUCCCGCGCGCCGCGGCCGUCUGCACGCGCUGGCGCUGCCUCGUCUCCGACCCCGGCUUCGCCCGCCGCUUCCGCCUCCGCCACCGCCGCAGCCCUCCCAUCCUCGGCUGCUUCGUCACGGAAUUCGCACCGACGAUCGUAUCCUUCGUUCCUACUCUCGAGGCCCCCAAUCGUGUCCCCGCCAUGGCCUUGCAGCUCGGCCUCGACUACGGAAUUGGCAACUCCAGGCUCCUCAGCUGCCGCCAUGGGCUCCUACUCAUGCUCCUCUCGUCGUGCGAGAUCCUUGUGUGGGAGCCCUUCACUGGCGACAAGCACCUCCUUGCUAUUCCCCCAAGGUUCGUCGGUGAUGAGAGACAGAUCACUGGGGCGGUGCUCCGCGCUCCCGGAGUCAUUCACCCCUUCCUGGUGGUCUUGUUGGGCAUAGACAAACAAGACUGUAAACAAGCAAUCGCCUGCGUUUACUCGUCGGAGACAGGCGAAUGGGGCAGCUUCAUCUCCACUCUGCUUUCCGAUGAGGAGGCUGAUUGCUUAAUGUUUAUGAGGACGCCCGAUGUGCUGGUUGGGGAUUCCCUUUUCUGGUUGGUUGACCUUGACCAGAGUUCGUUACCAAUCCUUGAGUUCGAUUUGCAUAGGCAGACCCUAACUGUGAUACCAGUGCCACCAGUGGAUACCGAGGGUCGUGGUGGAUUCAUGCUUAUGCGGGCAGAGGGUGGUGGGCUUGGUUUUCUAUUCCAGUCAGGCUGCAAUGUCCAAUUAUGGAAGAGGAAGAUCGAUUCUGAUGGCGAUGCUUCAUGGGUGCUCGGAAGAACUUUUGAACUGGACAAGAUACUCUCCCUGAAUUUAACGGAGAAAGAGUCCACGGUGAUACUAAGCUUAGCUGUACAAUAGUGUGUUGUUGGUGCGGACAGCUAUCGGCGACUUCAUGGUCCAGCUUGAGUCAUUGCAGUUCAAGAAGAUUUUCGUGCUGGAACGUUUCAAGAAGAUUUUUGAACCCAACUGUUGGCAUUCCCAUCAACCAUUCGAAUGUGUCUUCACUACAGAAAGAUGUGCUGCUGGGGGAGACUAUGGAGCUGAGCUUCUGCUUGAUACAUAAGAUAAUUUUCCAGUUAGACAUGCUAUUCGAUCUACCGGUUGAGCAGGUGUCUAGAAUUGUAUUCUGGUUGCUGAGAUGGAGGAAUGGGCUUUGCGAGGAGAUCAACCCUCUAUGUAGCACGCACCGGUCAAGUGGGAAGUUGAAUUGUACGAGUUCAUUGUUUUAUUUUCAAACCCCCCCCCCCCCUCUGCUGUUAUCUAAUUUCUGAAUACAGUUGGCCAACUGGGAUGAUGAAGAUAGAGUGACUUGCCUGGAUUAAUGUUCCACUGACA